AUGCCUGGUUAUCAAUCAUUUCCUGUAUUGAAUCAACAGUUUAUUGUGGAUAAGAAGUUUCAGUUUAUUCGAGAAAUGGGUCAAGGUGCCUAUGGUGUUGUUUGUGCUGCCAAAGAUACUGAGACCAAUGAACAAGUGGCUAUUAAGAAAGUAUGUCGUAUUUUCGAAAAGACUAUUUUAGCCAAACGUGCUUUACGUGAAGUCAAGCUAUUGAAGCAUUUUAAUGGCCAUGAAAAUAUUACUUCUAUUAUUGACAUGGAUAUUGUGAAUCUACAAGACUUUAAUGAGAUUUAUUUGGUUCAAGAAUUGAUGGAAGCCGAUCUUCAUCAGAUUAUUCGAUCAGGUCAACCCUUAACAGAUGCUCAUUUUCAAUAUUUUGUUUAUCAGAUCUGUAGAGGACUCAAGUAUAUUCACAGUGCCAAUGUAUUGCACAGAGAUUUGAAACCUGGUAAUCUGUUGGUCAAUGCUGAUUGUGAACUCAAGAUUUGUGAUUUUGGUUUGGCCCGUGGUUAUUCUUCUUCACCUGAGGGAAAUGUAGGAUUCAUGACAGAAUAUGUGGCUACCCGUUGGUACAGAGCACCUGAAAUUAUGUUGAGUUUCCAGAAAUAUACCAAAGCCAUUGAUAUGUGGUCUGUUGGUUGUAUUUUUGCUGAAAUGCUUGGUGGCAGACCCCUUUUUAAGGGUCGUGAUUGCUUAGAUGUUGAUCAAUUGAAUCAAAUCCUUGGUAUUCUUGGUACACCUGAUGAAGAAACCUUGUGUCGUGUUGGCAGUGAGAGAGCUCAAGUCUAUAUUCGUAGUUUGACAAGAAUGCCCAAGAUUCCCUUUCAAAAUCUUUACCCAAGAGCCACUCCUUUAGCCAUUGAUCUCCUGACCAAAUUGCUUACCUUUGAUCCUGCCAAGCGAAUUACGGUUGAAGAAGCCCUGGCUCAUCCUUACCUUGCUGCUUAUCAUGAUGAAGAUGAUGAGCCUACGCAUACCCAAACAUUUGAUUUCUCAUUUGAAGUGGUUGAGUCCAUGGAAGAUAUGCGCAAAAUGAUUGCACAAGAAGUCAUGACAUUCAAAGCACAGAAACAAGGAUUGCAAUUGAAUACUGGAUCUAGCUUAAAGAGAAAAGAAAGUCUAAGUGCUAAUGACCGUGAAGCACUUGAACGAUCUAAAGAAGUAGCCAAGACAAGACAGAAUGAUCAUAGGAAUUCAUCCUCAAUAGCUGCUACUGCUGCACCUAUAACACAAAACAGUGAUGAUAUUGGCAUGGAUGUGGAUGCUCUUGAAAGAGAAUUAGGAGGCGGCAUUUAA